CCCCAUAAUUUCCAACAUCGUAUUUUCCGUUCGUUAGUUGCAGUUUUGGUCGCCUUCAAACCCUAGCCGUUUUUUGCGACAUCGAUCCAUGGCUCGUACGAAGCAGACUGCCCGCAAGUCUACCGGCGGCAAGGCGCCUCGGAAGCAGCUCGCCACCAAGGCGGCGAGGAAAUCGGCCCCUACGACCGGCGGCGUGAAGAAACCCCAUAGGUAUCGUCCCGGGACGGUCGCUCUCCGUGAGAUCCGUAAGUACCAGAAGAGCACGGAGCUGCUCAUCCGUAAGCUUCCGUUCCAGCGCCUGGUUCGCGAGAUCGCGCAGGAUUUCAAGACGGAUCUGCGUUUCCAGAGCCACGCCGUCCUGGCUCUUCAGGAAGCUGCUGAGGCGUACCUGGUGGGGCUCUUCGAAGAUACUAAUCUCUGUGCCAUCCAUGCGAAGCGCGUGACGAUCAUGCCAAAGGACAUCCAGCUUGCUCGCCGGAUCCGCGGUGAACGCGCUUAAUCGGAUGCGAUCUUUCAUUGUUAGGUGAACGUAACCUAUAUGAUAUCUGUUUAUGUGAAAAAAUAAAAUACUUAGAAUACAUUGUUAAAUUAAUUAUUAUCGUAGUUUGCUGUGUGGACCAAUUGCGUUCGGUAGAAUGUUAUUAAUUAUCAAGUCUUUCAAUGGCUGUGAUUGA